CCAUGGAAUAAUAACUAUGGAAUACCUCUGGAUACUGCUGCUUGUGCUUUUACAGCUGAACAUCCAGCCAGGUAAAACGAAGCCCCGUAUCAUCCCAGAGGGACCCCACUUCGUCGUCCAACUUAACGAGCCCUUUGACCUGCGUUGCCAGGGGGACAGCGGGGGACAGUGGAGGCGAGGGGGUCGGACCAAACCACUGAAUGCAAAGCAGAUCAAUGGGAUGUUGACCUUGCAUGUCUCCAAGGCCCGGCCUCAUAAUAUGGGUCGCUUUAUCUGCCAAGACGAGAGAUCCAAGGAGCAGGCCUCCAUCUACGUCUAUGUAAAAGAUCCUCUGAAUCCCUUCAGAAAAUCAAUGGUGUCCAACUUUCUUAUCCGUGAGGGAGGCACUGCUUUCAUCCCUUGCCUGGCAACCGACCCAAGUCUGAGCAGUCUGAGCCUGAAAACGUGUUCUGGAGGACCACUUCCCUCUGAGCUUCAGUUCUCUGCAAGCUUGGAGCAAGGCAUCAUCAUCCCAAACAUACAGAAGUCAUUCAAAGAUUGCUAUGUGUGCACAGGAAUGCUCCAGGCAGAAGGGGUCAGCUCACAGGAAUACUACCUGACAGUAAUACCAGUACCUGUUGAUCCUCCUGUAAUUGCGAUGAAGCAGCCCAGUAGAGUCGUUCUUGUUCGGAACCAGAGUCUGUUCCUCUCCUGCAACACCACUAACGUGAAUGGAGAGAUCACUCUGAAGUGGGUGAUCCCACCUGGCUCGCAACCAGCAAAGGUUGAUGGCGCUUCACGUAUCCUGAUGGAGGACUACACUCAUGUACGCAGUGCCACGCUGAAAAUAGCAGCAGUACGUCCAGAAGAUACUGGAAGUUAUAAAUGUGAAGCUAGGAAUGAAAAGGGGACCAGCACGAAGUCGGUGUGGCUCGACGUUUAUGAAAGAGGAUUUAUGAGCUUAUUGCCCAUAAACAACACAACUUUCCGCGUCCGUUCAGGGGACAGCUUGUCCCUGACAGUUAACAUAAAGGCAUACCCAAAGCCGCACACCUUCUCCUGGAGCUUUGACGAACUCAAAAUGAGAAACACAACUGAUCACACCAUCAGCACAUACCAGAAUGACUACAGUUUCAGCAGUGAGCUGAGGCUGGUGCGGCUGAAAGCGUCAGAAGGUGGCAUUUAUACAUUUCAAGCAUCCAACAGUGACGCAUCAGUUAAUCAGACGUUCACCAUCUUUAUAAUCAGUAAACCUGAGAUUGUAUCUCAUGAAGGCCCGGUGGACGGACAGGUGCGCUGUGUGGCUAAAGGUUUCCCUGCCCCCCAGAUCAAAUGGUACUACUGUGAGCUGCCAUACAUCAGGUGUUCUGAGCAAAUAAAUGCCUCCCAAGAGGAGCACAAUGUCAUGACUGUCACAUUGUUCAGCCGACCGUUUGAGAGGACGAAGGUGGAGAGUCGAGUGAACAUCAGCAGAGGACGGUUCAAUUUCCUGGAGUGUGUGGCUACUGCGGAUGGAGAACAAGCUUUUACUCUCUUUUCUAUUAAUGAAAUAAGAGUUCCCCACAAUCUGUUCGCUCCUUUGCUGAUUGGAUCUGUAUCAGUAGCAUGCAUUCUCAGCCUCAUCCUUAUCGUGCUGUUCUGCAAAUACCUGAAGAAACCCAAAUAUCACAUUCAAUGGAAAGUUAUUGAAGCAAUCCACGGAAACAACUAUGUGUACAUCGACCCAUCACAGCUCCCAUACGACCACCAGUGGGAGUUCCCGAGAAACAACUUGCGUUUUGGAAAGACGCUGGGAUCUGGAGCAUUUGGAAAAGUGGUAGAAGCCACUGCAUACGGACUGUCCACGGCAGAUUCAGUCAUGACGGUGGCUGUGAAGAUGCUCAAAUCAAGUGCUCAUGCCACAGAAAAAGAGGCACUGAUGUCAGAGCUGAAAGUUCUCAGCUACUUGGGAAAUCAUAUAAACAUUGUGAACCUGCUGGGAGCCUGCACUGUUGGAGGCCCCACGUUGGUGAUCACAGAAUACUGCUGCUUUGGAGACCUUCUGAAUUUUCUCCGCAGAAAAAGAGAUUCCUUCAUCUGCUGCAAGCUCGAAAGGGACUACUACUACCGCAACAUCAUGCAGCAAAAAAUUUCCCAAGGUGACAGCUUGAACGGCUAUAUGGCCAUGAGGCCUUCUGCUGCUGGCAACCCACCGAUCAGCCUGUCCUCUGAGAGGAAACACUCGCCACGCAAAGGAACAACUGUUGAAGCUGAUGAAGAGAACAAGAUGUUUGAUGAGGAUGGUUUGUCUCUAGAUACUGAGGAUCUUCUCAGCUUCUCAUACCAAGUGGCCAAAGGCAUGGAGUUCUUGGCUUCCAAAAAUUGUAUUCACCGAGACCUUGCUGCCCGAAACAUCCUGCUGACUCAAGGAAGAGUGGCAAAAAUCUGUGAUUUUGGCCUGGCCAGAGACAUCACCACGGACAUAAACUACGUGGUUAAAGGCAACGCCCGUCUGCCCGUGAAGUGGAUGUCCCCUGAAAGUAUCUUUGAGUGUGUGUACACAUUUGAGAGUGACGUGUGGUCCUACGGCAUCUUGCUGUGGGAGAUUUUUUCCCUGGGAAACAGUCCUUAUCCUGGUAUGCCUGUGGAUGCCAAGUUCUACAAACUGAUAAAAGAAGGAUACAGAAUGGACAGUCCAGAUUUUGCACCCAGUGACAUGUAUCGGAUUAUGUGGUCUUGCUGGGAUCCUGACCCCUUUGAAAGACCCCCCUUCAGGAAGGUCGUCGAGUGUAUAGAGCAACAGCUGUCAGAUGCCACUAAGCAUAUUUAUCUGAACUUCAGUUCCAGACUCCCCGUGGUGGCCAGAGCAAAAGAGGAGCCCAGUUCACAGAGCACAGCCCCUCCUGACCCAGUCAACAAUAACAGCGCACUUCCAACACAGCCUUUACUGGUUCAGCAAAAGAUCUCUGUGGAGGGGACGUUACCUGAAGCUCAGUGGGUGUAA